AGCUCACAACCAAACACGGCCAUUACCCCCUGGCCUUAUCCAAUCCGCCUGGCCUUGUCCCUCCCGUGCGUUGUUCUUUCUUCCUGCUCGGUUGCUCGCCUCCUCGCGCUGUCUGUCUGUCGGCGGAGCGUGGCCGGCGCUGUUCGGCUCCCUCCUGCCCGCGCGGCCGACGGAGUCCGCCUCCGCGGCUGCCGCGGGAGCCCGCCCCGCAGCUGCCGCCCGCGCUGCUGACACUGCUUGCUCCCUCCCGCGGCCGGCGAAGCGCGACACUCACCUGCCAGCGGCUGGCGGAGCACGUCCCGCGGCUGCUCGGCUCCCGUCGCGGCCAGCCGCCUCCCCGUGCCCGCGGCGCUUUCGGUCGGUCAGCUCGCCCACUCGCCGCCUCCGCUUUCGCGUCCUCGCCCGUGCCGCGGGACCUCGCCGACGACCCACCUUUUCGCGAUGCUCUCUCCAUGGCGAUCUCUCCUCUCCCCGACCGCACCUCCCGCCACUGAGAUACGGGCACCGCUGCGUCCACCAAACCGCUACCUGCGCUCCCCGCUUCGAUCACCACCACCGCGUUCCGUGGCGCGGGCCGCCCCCACGCUCUCCGCCACCGCGACGGCUGUCUCCUCGCCGUCCUCUCCAAAGAAGAAGGUUCUCGUGCCCAUCGCCAUGGGCACGGAGGAGAUGGAGGCGGUCGUCCUCGCCGGCGUCCUCCGGCGAGCCGGCGCCGACGUGACGCUGGCCUCAGUCGAGGACGGCCUCGAAGUGGAGGCGUCCUGCAGCUCCCGCAUCGUCGCGGACACGCACAUUGCCUCCUGCGCCGACCAGGUGUUCGACCUUGUCGCUCUUCCGGGAGGAAUGCCUGGUUCAGUGCGGUUGAGAGACAGCGAUAUCCUUCAGAGUAUCACAGUUCGUCAGGCUGAGGAGAAAAGACUGUACGGUGCUAUAUGUGCUGCGCCUGCAGUUGUUCUAAUGCCGUGGGGUCUCCACAAGCGAAAAAAGAUCACCUGUCACCCAUCUUUUAUAGGAGAUCUCCCUACAUUCCGAGCUGUUGAAUCAAACGUUCAGGUUUCAGGAGAGCUUACUACAAGUCGUGGGCCAGGGACAUCAUUCCAGUUUGCUUUAUCAUUUGUCGAGCAAAUGUUUGGGACUCAUGCAGCUGAAGAUGUGGACAAAAUUUUGAUGACACAAAUUGACGGCGAUUUUGAAAGGAGUACAGAGGUCAAUGAACUUGAGUGGUGUAUUGAUCACAAUCCUCAUGUUCUUAUUCCAAUCGCAAAUGGGUCUGAAGAGAUGGAGAUCAUAAUUCUGGUUGAUAUUUUAAGACGUGCAAAUAUAAAUGUGGUAUUGGCAUCAGUUGAAAAAUCUCCAAAUAUUGUUGGAUCUCAAAGGAUUAAGAUUGUUGCUGAUAAAAACAUCACGAGUGCCUCCGAUUCAAAAUACGACCUAAUCAUUCUUCCUGGAGGAACUGCUGGAGUUGAGCGGCUGCACAGGUCAAGAAUUUUGAAGAAAUUACUCAAAGAACAAAAGCAAGCUGGCAGGAUGUAUGGUGGGGUCUGUUCUUCUCUGAAGGUCUUGCAGCUGCAAGGUUUACUUGAGGAUAAAAUAGUGGCAGUUCAUCCCGCUGUAGCCAAUGAGCUUACGUGCAAAAUUAUUGAACGAUCAAAUAUUGUGAUCGACGGAAAUUUGAUUACUGGGAAGGGGAUUGGGACAGUUGUUGAUUUUGCCCUAGGUAUCAUCAGGAAAUUUUUUGGCCAUGGACGAGCCAAAAGUGUGGCAAAUGGAAUAGUUUUUGAGUACCCUAAGAGCUAAAGCACCAAGAAUGUGCUGAAAAUACGAGAUACACAACACAUUUAUGAUUGUAAUCAAAGAUCCGGCUAUCUAUGCUCCUGAUAAAAGGUGAACUGAUGCUUUUGGGACUGCAAGAGAGUCCUCCUUUCUGGACAGCUGGACUGAAAUCUCCAGAUCCACUAUAUAUGUUGGGAUGGACCAAAUUUACACUAAGAAGCUUCAGUGAAGUCAUUUCAUCGUCUUGUUGAUAUAAUUUGUUGGUGGAUAAAUGACACAGUGAUUGCAAACUGAUUAUGUGCAUUCAGAGGAAACUUUACUGUCUUCAGUGUGCCUGUAUUGGUCUGGGAACACAUUUCCUGAGGUCUGAAGCCCUUAGAUGUUGCUAUAUACAAUCUGUGGAUUCAUCUGAGAAGCUUGUUAACUCUGGGACUUUCCCAGAUACUGGGUUUCAGGAGUGCAAGCUAACUGAAUCAAUAUUUGCUUAAACUGGAACUUGUGCAUUGCUGUUUUUUUUUAUAUCAGAAGUCAGUUUGACCUCACUGUGUGUGACUGAUUUUUAUUAGAAGCAGUUUUGAUCUGUGUAUUACUGAUGGAUUGUGCUUUUCAAUUCAUGGUUCAAUGUCACUAUCAGAAGCUACACGAGUUACUGGAUUUAAAAGGCAGUUAGCAUAACAUAAUUGCUUAUUUUGUCUGCGCCAGUCUUCAGGUAAUGAAUAUGCCUUUUGGGGAGAAGCAAACUGAAGUGCGUCCUGCUUCUGACCCAAGUCAUAAGAUGAUUCUCGGCUCCACAUUGGAAUGUAAUAUGUACUCUCUGACAGUUUCUGUAAAAGCAACGCAGUGCAAAACUAGCAGAACAGGAAGUCUUAUUAUUCUGUGGUCAGAUACCAAUAAUCACAAUUCACAA